AUGGAGAGUUCGAUGGCUAAGGAAAACCCCAGGUGCACCAUGUGCAUUAGCUCCAAAGAUACGAUUUCCCAAUACCUGUGCCGCUGCUUGGCAAGUUCGUCUUACUUUCAUGACCCACAUCACGAACUCUUGUACUACCCGUCACGCAGCACCGUAUGCCUUCAGGACGUGCCCCAGAAGCAACAGCACGUGGAGUCCUUCUACUCUCUCUACACGUUCCUCAAGCCCGAUUCUGGCGGUAGGGUCUCUAGUUCGUCUCCUCUCAAGUCCAAGCAAGUCAACGACCGGGAGUGCGAGCAGCAGUGCUGCUACGAGCCAUGCUCAACCAAGUACGUGCACUUCAUGGCCGUCUACGAUGCCACCGCACAUCAUGAGUUGUCGCCUGAUGCCAGACCUGCGCUGGAUGGAUCUGGCACAAACGAAGAGUCGCGCGAAGUGGGAGACACCGUGAUUGACAGGUCGUUGGGAGGCUCCUCCUGUGAUGUCUCCACAAUCUUUCACAUGGCUCUGAAUCAUGUGCCAGAAAACCUCAGCUCGAUGCACGUCAUCGUUCCUGAUGCCGGGACGGGCACUGACAAUCCGCUACCGGCCGCACAGCCAGUGAACGAACCUCCGCUGCCUUCGAACACGGCUGAGAUUCCUGUCAUUGGUGAGGUCAUUGCCCAACAGAACCAGGAUGCUUGGGCAUCGUCGUCAUCCACGUCGAGUGAGGAAGAAGAAUCGUUAUCGACUUUGGAGUCUUCAUGUAGAUUGGAGGUUCCUACAAGCUCUAAUCGGAUGCACCUGGGCAGCGAUAUCUCUGUACACUACACUACCAUUGCUCAGAAUCUUGCCAAUAAAGGCAUCAGCUCGGCAGACGCCCAGCAAGAGUCGCUGGAGUCCCAGCGGUCCACCCUGGCAUUGGAGAAGGGCCGGUUGGAGUCCCUAGUUUCCGAGCUUCAUGCACGAGUGGCAGCACAGGAGGACCAGCUCAACGCUUCCGAGCAAGACCGGCGCCAGCUGCACAAUGCCCUGCAGGAGCUCAAGGGCAACAUUCGAGUGUUCUGCCGCCUGCGACCAUUGCUGCCAUCGGAAACAGCUCCACAGAGGCCGUUUCUGUUGCUGCCCGAUGAACGGACAGUCGAGGUGGUGCGGACAGACCCAGAGACGCAGCGACAAAAGACGGAGCUGAGCUUCCGCUUUGACCGGGUGUUCCCGGGUGUGGCCAGCCAGGCCGAGGUGUUUGCUGAGGUGUCGCAGUUGGUGCGGAGUGCGCUGGAUGGCUACCACGUGUGCAUCUUUGCCUACGGUCAGACUGGUGCGGGCAAGACACACACCAUGGAGGGACCCGCCGGGGAGCUGGCCCUCCAAGACGAGCGAAGGGGCUUGAUUCCCCGUGCCUUGCACCAGGUCUUCGACGAGGCACACAAGCAGCCACACUGGACGUACGAAAUGGUGGCCAGCUUUAUCGAGGUCUACAAUGAGACCCUGCGCGACCUCCUGGUGCCCCCUGGCCAGGCGCCACCGUCGGCUCCCCUGCAACUCAAGCUGGCGCGCAAGGAUGGCCCUGUCCGAGUGGCAAACCUCACGGAGGUCCCUGUCACAUCAGCUCAGCAGAUCAGCGAGCUGCUGCAAUGUGCUCGAAAGAACCGUGCAGUGGCAGCCACAAAGUGCAAUGAGCGGUCCUCCCGGUCCCACUCAGUCUUCCGCCUUGACAUCUGUGGCCACAACAGUCACACUGGUGUGGGUUGUCGGGGGCGCCGGAACUUGGUGGAUCUGGCCGGCAGCGAACGCCUCUCUGAAUCUCAAUCAGAAGCCCGCCUGCGCGAGGCACAGAAUAUCAAUUGCUCGCUUGCCAACCUCGGCAAUGUCAUCUUUGCACUCUCAAACCGGGAUGACCACGUGCUGUACCGGAACUCAAAGCUCACGCACUUGCUGACGGACAGCCUGGGUGGGAACAGCAAGACACUGAUGCUUCUCAACAUCUCUCCACGCGAGGAGAACAUCAGUGAAACAGCCAACUCUCUCCGCUUUGCCACCCAGGUGGACCACUGCCAUAUUGGGACUGCAAGAAAGAACGUCUAA